AUGUCCUCCUUUUUCUACUAUUUGCGCCUGCUGCUGGAUUUCCUCCGACUCCUGCUGCUCCACCACAUCCGCCACCUGCUGUUCCGCCUCUUUGGCACGGACCCCAAAAAGGAGCGUCUGAGCCAGCUGCACCGAGAGCUCGACCAGGUGGACACCUAUGCCGGGUGGUUUGCCCUGGCCAAUGAGAUCGAUUCCCUGACAGGCGCGUCGGAGUGGCGGCUGGACCCGAGCUCCCCCCCGGGCCCGCCGCCGGCGGUCGCCCGGGAGGCAGCGGCUCGCGUGGACAACUGCCGGCGCCUGCGCAAGCAGGCAGCCGCCUCGAACGCCGCCCUACGAGCCACCCUCAAGCAGCAUGAGCACUGCUGCCUGUCGAGUGCCGAGGCCGAGCUCCGCCCCGACGGGCCAUACUGCGUGGAGGUGGUGCUGAGUGCGUCGCGCGCCUCCGAGCACGCGCAGCUCCUGCUGGCCGCCUUGCAGGGCGCCCUCGGUGCCCGGGACGUCGAACUGCUGUCGGCCCCGUGCCGCGGGGUGCUGAAUGCGCCGAAGCUGUGGGUCAAUGCCUACCACUCGGAGAUUUCCCGCUGCCUGCGCUUCCUCCUGGGCCCGAGUACCCCGCUGGCGGCCUUUCCGCUGGCGGCGCGGAGCGUGGCAGCUGCCGCGCUCAAAAAGGUGUCCGGCCGGACGGCCCUCAUGCUGUCCGGCGGCGCGACGCUGGGCAUGUACCAUUUGGGCGUGGUGAAGGCCCUGCACGAGCAGGGGCUCCUGCCGCAGGUGGUGUCCGGCUCGUCGGCCGGUGCCCUGGUGGCGGCGCUGGUCUGUUCCAAAACCGACGAUGAGCUGCACUAUGCCCUCGAUCCGGACCUGCUGGAUUUGGACGCCUUCGAGCCGAAAACCCCCCGACUGCCGGAGUUGGACUCGGUGCAGGCGCUUGGCCCGUACUUGCGCACCCUGGCCAGCCGGUCGACGCUCAUCCGGCGAUUCGUCCGCCUGAUCCGGACCGGGCGCUUCCUGGACAUCAGCGUGCUGGCGGCCUGCAUCCGAGCCAAUGUCGGGGAUUACACCUUCGCCGAGGCGUACGCCCGGACACGGCGAGUGCUGAACAUCACCGUCAGCGGGGGUGUUGUCGGUGAGCCGCCACUCGUGCUGAACUACCUGACUGCCGGCGAUGUGCUUGUCUGGAGCGCGGCCUCGGCGUCAUGCGCCAUCCCCGGCGUUUUCAAGCCCAUGCCGAUUAUGUCUCGCGGGGCCGACGGCCGGCAGACCCCCUGGCAUCCAAGCGCUGCCCCGCGAGUCGAUGGCAGCGUACAGCAUGACCUGCCGGUGCAGCGCCUGCGCGAGCUCUUUGGCGUCACGCGCUGCGUCGCUUCGCAGGUCAAUCCCCAUGUCGCGGCCUCGCUUUGGGAAUCGCCCAACUACUACUCCACGAGCCCCUCCCUUUUCCAGCGGCUCUUUUUGAAUUUGCCGCGCCUGAUCCACAGCGAAAUGGUACACAUCCUCAGCCAGCUGAUCGAGCUCGACCUCUUUGGCGCUCGCACUGCCCGGUACCUCCUGUGGAUUCACUCCUUCAUGACGCAGAAGUAUGGCCCUGGCUACACGGUGAUCGAGCUGAAUGCCGGCAUGAAGCGGUCCUCCCUGGAGGUCCUGUCGCAGGUGGGCGAAAGCCUGCGGUCACAUCGCGUGGCGGCGGCGGCGGCGGCCCCUGGGCGCUCGGCGGCCGGUCCGCUGGCCCGCUUCCGAGCCAGCAGCCAGCUGGCAUCCCCGGGCGCCCAAGUCGGCCGGACUGCCAUCCUGGUGGACGAUGCCGAUGUCAUCUUCGCCGAGGACCGGGGCUUCGCGGCGGCCCUGGUGCAGAUGAUCGCCCAAACCCAGCGACCCAUUUUCCUGACGUGCCAGGAUGUCAACAUGCUUCCGCUUUUGAGCAAUGCCCUGGUCCUGCCACUGGAACAGGCUCCGGCCGAGGAGGUGGACGAAUAUCUGGGUCUGCUGAGCCGGCUGGCGGCUGGCCGGGCGUGUGGCCCUCCGGCCGUGACGCGCUCGGGGGAGGCCGACUUCGGUGCCGCGGCCCCGGUGGACCUGCGCUCGCGGCUGAUGAACUCCCCCUCUGGCGGUGCGCCGCCGGACUUGGGGCCCGAUCCGGCGGGUCUCCGGCCCCCGCGGCGCGAGGCAUUCGGCGUGUGGCCGGCCCGCCGGGAGUCGGCCCCCCCCGGGGGGGCUUCGUCCGAGCUGCUGGCCGAGGCCCGGCGGCUGGACGCCCUAUCGGCUGGGCUGGCGUCCGGGCCGUGUGCUCGCUUGCGCCGGGCCCGCGCGGUCCAGCAUCUUCGAGCCCUGCGUGAUGGGGUCCUGCUGGACCAGUCGGACUUUUCCGAGUUGCUGGACUUGUCCACUUGCCCGGGCCCAUCGGCGGGCCCCGGGGCGGGGUCCGCGGCCUCGCUCGUUGGGCCCGACUCGGCGCCGCACACGCCGGACCGGCCCCGGGCCAUGCUUGGGUCGGGGUCCUCCGCGGCGUUGGUAGCCGGCUCGCCAUCUGGCGUUCUCUCGGGGCCCGGAGCCGGGCUCGGCGGGCCCACCAGCGCCGAGGUGUCUUUGCAGCUUCUGCUCCAGGACCGGACGGUGUCGCUGGGCCGCCGCCGGCGCGUGGUCGACUUGCACCCUUGCGACCUGUGGCCGGACCGGGGCAGCGUGCCGCAGCAGGCCCAGGAUGGUCCCUGUCCGCUGGGCGGCGGUCGGGAAUGCGUUGUCUGCCGGCCACCGGGGGUUCCCGGGGCCCCGGGGCCCGGGGAUCCGGCUCCCCCGCUGGCACCCGACCUGCCGCAUGCCGAGUAUCGACUGCUGGCCGGGGCGGUGCGCAUGCCGCACCGGGUGGCCACCGGGCUGGGCCGGCUGCCGGACAUGGCCCCGAGCUCGGAAGCGAGCAGCACCAGCGGCCCGGCACGACGCCGGGCAGCGCUGGACGCGCGAUCCGGUCCCCUGCGCUUUGAUUUGCACCAAGUGCCCGGGUCGCCGGACCGGCUGCUGGCCGAGUGCGGCCUUCACCAGCUCGCUGGCGCGGUGGCCCUUUCCGGGCCAGCCACCUCCGGCGAAACCGGCCGCUGGCCCACGCAGCCGGACUCCCUGGUGGCCUUGCGCCCGGGGCCGGCACUGGAGGUGGCCGGCUUCCUGCGGCAUGUGCACCGGGCGCGGGCCGAGGGCGCGGGCGCCGGCUGCCGGCGGUCAUCUCGGCGCGUUGGCCGGGUCAGCUACACGCACUUCCCGGCGGUGGUGUCGCCCCCGGUCCCGGGGCCCAUGGCGGGGCCCCCGGGGGGGUUGAACUUGCGGCCGCCACCGGCGCGAGGGUCCAAAGGCUCGGGGCGCCAAGGCGGCCGAUCAGCCGGCCCCGGCCCCGGCCCCGGCCCCGGCCCCGGCCCCGGCCCCGGCCCCGGCCUGGCUCCUGCCUCGCCCUCCGGCCCCGGCCUGGCUCCUGCCUCGCCCUCCGGCUCCGCCCCCGUGCCGGCCCCUCGGGCCUCGCCCUCCCUCCUCAAAUACUUCAAACCGCCGGCCGCCGGCGGAGGGGCGACAUGA